AUGGAAUUUCAACCAGAUAAAAUCGUAUCUUGUUUACCACCUGCAAUUGAAUUAGAUGGUCGUUCGACAUCAGUUAGAAAUUUUCCAACAUUAUUAACUGAUUCAGCUUGUGAAAGUAUUUUAAAAACAACAUCAUCAAAUGGAACAAUUGUUGGUGUUUUUAAUACUGGAUCAAUACGUAUUGAUGAUAUUCUUCAUGGAAAAAUAACCCAAUAUGAUAUUUUACGUGUAUUUCCAUUUCAAGAUAAUCGUUUUUCUCUUUCUGUACCUGGUUCAUAUCUUGCUAAUGUAUUAACUCGCAGUAUGACAUUGAAAGGUAGUGGAACAUUUCUUGCAUUUUGUGGAAUAGAUACUCCAGAUCAAGGAAAAACUUGGUUAAUUAAUGGAAUAGAUAUUUCUAAAACUGGUCUCAAAUAUAAUGUCGGUACAAUAACUUAUGCAAAAGAUUUUGUAUUUAAUGAUCCAACAGUUACAGUUUGGAAAGAAUUUAAUAUUACACAAACACAAACUUUAAUUAAUUAUUUACAAACAGAAUAUCCACCAUGUUAA